CCUCUCUCAUUUGAUUUGUUGUGAAUGUUUGACUCUUAUGUUCGUGGACGUUACACGCACCUAAAGGACCUGGGGUACGGGGCAGUGUGUGUUGUGAUGCUUCUUCUCCAUUUAUUGCCAGGUGUCAGUUUCGGUUUCUCCAGAAAGAUCUGUGCUAUCCCGGAAUGGCUCGCUUUGAAGACGAACUGUCUAGCCGCUAUGGAGGCAUGUGUCCCGUGGGCCCGGCCAGAGGGGCCAGCCGGCUGCCGGGGCCUCCGGGGGUCCAGAGGAUGUACAAGCAGACGAUGGCCCAGAGAGCCAGGACCAUGGCUAUUUACAACCCCAUUCCAGUCAAACACAGCUGCCUCUCCGUUAACCGCUCUCUGUUCAUCUUCAGCGAGGAUAAUAUCAUACGGAAAUAUGCCAAAAAGAUCACGGAGUGGCCUCCAUUUGAGUACAUGAUCCUGGCCACCAUUAUUGCCAACUGCAUUGUGCUGGCCUUGGAGCAACACCUACCGGCGUCAGACAAAACACCAAUGUCAGAGCGUUUGGACGACACAGAGCCCUAUUUUAUCGGAAUAUUUUGUUUUGAGGCUGGAAUCAAGAUCAUCGCCCUGGGCUUUGCCUUUCACAAAGGCACCUAUCUGCGUAAUGGCUGGAAUGUAAUGGACUUUGUGGUGGUCCUAACAGGGAUCUUGGCAACUGUGGGGGCGGAUUUUGAUCUAAGAACACUGAGGGCAGUGAGAGUACUGCGGCCGCUCAAACUGGUCUCUGGCAUUCCAAGUCUUCAGGUGGUAUUGAAGUCCAUUAUGAAAGCCAUGGUACCUCUGCUGCAGAUUGGCUUGCUGCUCUUCUUUGCCAUCCUCAUGUUUGCCAUCAUCGGCCUCGACUUCUACAUGGGCAAGUUCCAUCGCACCUGCUUCAGAAUAGACACAGACGAGCAAGCUGCAGAUUUCCCCUGUGGCCUGGAGGCUCCGGCGAGGACCUGUGCCAAUGGCACUGCCUGCAGGGAGUACUGGAUCGGACCCAACUAUGGCAUCACCAACUUUGACAACAUCCUCUUUGCUGUUCUCACUGUUUUCCAGUGCAUCACCAUGGAGGGAUGGGUGGACAUUCUCUAUAACGCCAACGAUGCCUCAGGGAACACGUGGAACUGGCUUUACUUCAUCCCCCUCAUCAUCAUCGGUUCCUUCUUCAUGCUCAACCUGGUGUUAGGUGUGCUGUCAGGGGAGUUUGCCAAGGAGCGAGAGCGGGUGGAGAAGAGGCAAGAAUUCCUGAAGCUCCGCAGACAACAGCAAAUAGAGAGAGAGUUAACUGGGUACCUGGAGUGGAUCUGCAAAGCAGAGGAGGUGAUGCUGGCCGAGGAAGACAAGAACGCAGAGGAGAAAUCUUUGGAUGGAGCGUGGUACAAAAGGAAAAACAACAACUCUGUGCUGAAAAGGACAAAGAAGAGUAAGAAUGACCUCAUCAAUGCAGAGGAAGAAGACCUGGAAGACCACUUCACUGACAUCUCAUCUGCUGCCCCCCCAGGGUCGCCGUUCACACGGGCCAGCUUGAAGAGCAAGAACGAGAACUCGUCUUACUUCAGGAGGAAAGAGAAGAGAAUUCGCUUCACCAUCCGCCGUCUGGUCAAGUCCCAGAGCUUCUACUGGACUGUUUUGUGUCUGGUUGGCCUCAACACGUUGUGUGUAGCCAUAGUACACUAUGACCAGCCUGAAUGGCUCACCUUUGCAUUAUACCUGGCCGAGUUUGUAUUCCUGGGCCUGUUUCUGGCAGAGAUGUCCAUGAAAAUGUAUGGCCUCGGACCCCAGAACUACUUCCACUCCUCAUUCAACUGUUUUGACUUUGGGGUGAUUAUUGGCAGUAUUUUUGAGGUGAUCUGGGCUGCCAUCAAACCCGGGGCCUCAUUUGGGAUCAGUGUCCUGCGGGCUCUGAGACUGCUCAGGAUCUUCAAAGUCACCAAGUACUGGAACUCCUUGAGGAACCUGGUCGUAUCCCUUCUCAACUCCAUGAAGUCUAUUAUCAGCCUGUUGUUCCUCCUCUUCCUCUUCAUUGUGGUCUUUGCUCUGCUGGGCAUGCAGCUGUUUGGUGGCCAAUUUAAUUUUGAAGAUGAAACGCCAACAACCAACUUUGACACAUUCCCAGCAGCGAUUCUCACUGUCUUCCAGAUACUAACUGGGGAGGACUGGAACGCAGUCAUGUACCAUGGGAUCGAAUCACAGGGGGGCGUUCACAGGGGGAUGUUCUCCUCCAUUUAUUUCAUUGUUCUCACUCUCUUUGGAAACUACACACUCCUCAACGUGUUCUUGGCCAUUGCUGUCGAUAACCUCGCAAAUGCCCAGGAGCUCACUAAGGAUGAAGAGGAGCAAGAGGUGGCCAUUAAUAAGAAGCUUGCACUCCAGAAGGCCAUGGAGGUAAAGGAGGUCAGCCCCAUGUCAGCCACUAACAUGUCCAUCACAGCUAAGGAGCAGCAGAAGUCAAUGAAGACAAUGUCGGUGUGGGAGCAGAGGGCCAACCAGCUGAGGAGGCAGAACCAAGCGAGCUGCGAGGCUCUCUACAGUGAGCUGGAUCUUGAGGAGCGUCUUCGCCUGUCCUCUGCCCUGAACAUCCGGCCUGACAUGAAGACCCACCUCGACCGGCCGCUGGUUGUUGAGCCUCGCGACGGGCCUUUGCUGGCCGGCCAUCAACACCACCAUCACAAGCCCUCCAUGCCAGAGGAGGCAGAGACUGCCAAUGACCCUCCCCCUCCUGUGCCUCACCAGGCCCGUCGCCACCACCGCCACAGAGACAGGGACCGGGCCAGAACAAGAGAGGGGACGAAUGAUAACAGUGGCACCAGUAAGGACGGGGGCCACCACGUCCAUCACAGCCACUCCAAAGACCAUGACAGCAGCCGGGGCAAAGAGGGGAAGAGCGAGAGGUCCCAAAGCCAAGAAGGGGGCAGGAGACAUCACCAUCAGAGCUCAGUUGAUGACAGCGGAGGUGGAGGAGCCAUGAGCGAGAAAGAGCAUCGGCAUCAUCAUUCACACCGGCAGUCCAGAGGGGGCAAUGGGACAGUGAACAGUGGUGGGAGGGGAGAGCGAAGAUCCCGCCACAAAAAUGGACGUUCGUCUAACAGGGAUGGGGAUAGGAAUUCCAGAGGAGACAGUGGUGCCAAUGGAGAGCGGAGGAGACAUCGGACUCAUGGAUCCAGGGGCCAAUCCACAGUUGAAGGAGAGGUGUCCAACGAGAAAGAGAAGAGUCACAGGUUUGGCGACUCAGAGGGUGAGUUCCUCGCCAUCUCCCCCCAGCAGGGCUCUGAAGGGGGCAACUGUCCUCCUGACCGACCAGAGGACUCAGACAACCAGAGGAACAUCACAAGAACCGGCCAAACCUCCAUCCACAUUCCUCCUGUGACUAUCACUUCCCCACCUGGAGACACCACCCUCAUACAAAUUAACAGUAUUGACGGUGAGACAAUGCCCAUGAAUGAGAAGGCCCUGGUGGAUCGAGGUCAAAGUGGACCCAAACCCAUUCUGCCCUACAGCUCUAUGUUCAUCUUCGGACAGACUAAUCCGGUGAGGCGGUUAUGUCAUUACAUUGUGACUCUGCGUUAUUUUGAGAUGUCCAUCCUGGUUGUCAUUGCUAUGAGCAGUAUCGCUUUGGCAGCAGAGGACCCUGUCUGGACGAACGCCCCUCGCAACAAUGUGCUCAAAUAUCUGGAUUAUGCCUUCACUGGUGUUUUCACUUUUGAAAUGGUGAUCAAGAUGGUGGACCUUGGCCUGUUGCUUCAUCCUGGAGCCUACUUCAGAGACCUGUGGAACAUUCUGGACUUCAUAGUGGUCAGUGGGGCGCUGGUGGCUUUUGCAUUUUCGGGGACCAAAGGCAAAGACAUCAGCACUAUCAAGUCACUGAGGGUUCUCCGAGUGCUCAGGCCUCUCAAGACCAUCAAACGUCUGCCAAAACUCAAGGCGGUGUUCGACUGCGUGGUCAAUUCUUUGAAGAACGUGCUGAACAUCCUCAUUGUUUACAUCCUCUUCAUGUUCAUCUUUGCUGUCAUCGCAGUACAGCUCUUCAAAGGAAAAUUCUUCUACUGCACAGAUGAGUCCAAGGUCCUGCAGAAGGACUGCAAAGGACAGUUCCUCUACUACGAUAGGGACGAGGUGGCCGCCAUGCCCAGAGAGUGGAAGAAAUAUGAGUUCCAUUACGACAAUGUGCUGUGGGCCUUCCUGACCCUUUUCACUGUCUCCACUGGGGAGGGCUGGCCAACUGUUUUGAAGCACUCUGUGGAUGCUACCUUUGAAGACACAGGUCCUAGUCCAGGCUACCGGAUAGAAAUGUCCAUCUUCUAUGUGGUCUACUUUGUGGUCUUCCCUUUCUUUUUUGUCAACAUCUUUGUGGCUCUGAUCAUCAUCACCUUCCAGGAGCAGGGAGACAAGGCAUUGUCUGAGUGCAGCUUGGAAAAGAAUGAGAGGGCUUGUAUUGACUUUGCCAUAAACGCCAAACCUCUGACACGCUACAUGCCCCAGAACAUGCAGUCCUUCCAGUACAGGAUGUGGAAGUUUGUGGUCUCAGCUCCAUUUGAGUACUCCAUCAUGAUCAUGAUUGCUCUCAAUACUGUGGUACUCAUGAUGAAGUUUCAUGGAGCUCCAGACUUUUAUGAAACGAUGCUGAAGAACCUCAACAUAGUCUUCACCACUCUCUUCUCUCUGGAGUGUAUCCUCAAGAUCAUUGCUUUUGGUCCACUGAACUACUUGAAGGAUGCUUGGAACGUGUUUGACUUUGUCACAGUGUUGGGAAGCAUCACUGACAUCCUGGUGACUGAAAUCAAUACUACGGACAGGCUGCUGAACCUGAGUUUCCUGAGGCUGUUCAGAGCCGCUCGGCUCAUCAAGCUGCUGAGACAGGGCUACACUAUCCGCAUCCUGCUGUGGACCUUCGUCCAGUCCUUUAAGGCCCUGCCUUAUGUUUGCCUUCUGAUUGCUAUGCUGUUCUUCAUUUAUGCCAUCAUUGGGAUGCAGGUGUUUGGCAACAUUGAGAUGAAUGAAGACACAGCUAUCAAUCACCACAACAACUUCCGCACUUUCCUCCAAGCUCUCAUGCUGCUGUUCAGGAGUGCAACUGGUGAGGCCUGGCACGAGAUCAUGUUAUCAUGUUUGAGUCACCGAGUCUGUGACAAGCUAUCAGGGUCCGAUGGGGAAGAGUGCGGCAGUGAUUUCGCGUACUUCUACUUUGUCUCCUUUAUCUUCCUCUGCUCCUUCCUGAUGCUGAACCUGUUUGUGGCUGUCAUAAUGGAUAACUUUGAGUACCUAACCAGAGACUCCUCCAUCCUGGGGCCUCAUCACCUCGAUGAGUUCAUCCGGGUUUGGGCUGAGUACGACCCGGCUGCAUGUGGCCGUAUCAAGUACCUCGAUAUGUAUCAGAUGCUGCUCCACAUGUCCCCACCCUUAGGUUUGGGAAAGAAAUGUCCGCCAAGAGUCGCCUACAAGCGCCUCGUCAAAAUGAACAUGCCCAUCGCUGAUGACAACAGCGUCCAUUUCACCUCCACUCUGAUGGCCCUGAUUCGCACUGCCCUGGGGAUCAAACUGGCCUCAGGCAUGGUAGCUCAGCGAAUAUCUGACUAUGAGUUAAAGAAGGAGUUGUCAACAGUGUGGCCCAGCCUCUCUCAAAAGACCAUGGAUCUGUUGGUGACGCCACAUAAACACAAUGAACUGACGGUAGGGAAGGUUUAUGCGGCCCUGAUGAUCUUCGAAUACUAUAAGCAGAAUCGAGCCAGGAGGCUGCAGCAGCAGCAACAGGGCACAUCAGGCUCCCAGUGCAAGGUCGGGGCUCUGUUUAAGCCAUUGCUGCCUCUGACUCACAUGCAGGAGAAAGAUCUGCCUAUGAUGUUAAACAGUGUGGAGCCUCCCAGCAUGCUUCAGCCCCAGCCCAAAUCCCAUGCCAAGUCCCAGCCACAGACCAGACCUAGCUCCAACUCCCUCAACAAUGGAGGCACACUGCAAGGCCAUGAUCACAACAUCAAGGCAUCAUCUUCUUGGGUGAUGGAGAAACCCAAGGAAGCACCCCGAGCUAAGACCAAGAGAACCAUGUCCAGGGGCCCAUCUGAGGACACACCAGACACUGCCAUCAUUCAGGAGUCGGUGGAGAUGAGCGAGAUGGAGACCAGUGCCAGCAGUACAAUCCCAGUUCCUGGCUCAGGUCUGGAGAACCAGGGCAGAGCUGCCUCUAUGCCUCGACUCAAUGCUGAGCUGCAGCGGAGCCACUCACGGCACUCUCCAGGGAUCCAUCUAGCUUCUGUCCCUGAUGCCAGCCCUAUGAAACGCUCAGCUUCCACUGCGGCCCCGCAGCGGCCCCAAGAGGUCAACCUGCGGGACUACACCCUGGAGAAACCCAGCCAGGACCGACCCCACCACCAUCACCAUCACCACCGCUGCCACCAUCGCAGAGACAGGGACAAAGAUAAAUACAGAGAGAAGAGGCAGAGGUCUUUGGAUGCACCUCUGGGUGGACAACCACCUAGCUCUGCUGGUGCAACAGAAGAUCCAGAGUCUGACCCAGCUGCCUCCAGAGAGCGAGCCCGUGACCGUGGACGCUCCCACGACAGAAAACACCACUCCUCGGUGGACAAGCAGCGCUACUACUCCUGCGACCGCUACUGCAGUCGGGAACACUGCCACACCAAAUCUGCCACCACCAGCUGUGUCGCCUCCCCCAGCGAGGGGCAGGAAACCAGCACCAAGCAGGGCAGUGGUUGGGUUAAAGGAAGCCCAGUGGCACUGAGCUCCAGUUCUAGCACACCAAGCCGCGGACGUCGGCAGCUCCCCCAGACCCCCCUCACCCCGCGGCCCGGGGUGGCUUACAAGACUGCCAAUUCAUCCCCUGUGCACUUUGUGUCCAGCCAGGCCUCUCUGAGUCCUGGCCGACUGAGCCGCGGCCAGUCGGAGCACAAUACCUUCCGGCAAAGCGGCUCCCACCACUUUCCCUGCCCCGUCACUCGUAUCAGCUCCGAGCCUUUCCUGGGCCAGGGCCACGGUGAGGACCUGGGCAGACUCUACGGCAGCCUCCGUGACCAGCUGGACGUCUUUCAGGAUGCGGUGUCACGGUCGCCCAGCCCCUGUGCCGGGCACUCAUCUCGGACCGCACUGCCUCGCAUGAUGGGAGCCCUGCUACCUGCUCCGCAGCAGAACCUUAGGGUGCCCAACGGGUACCACUUCAGCUUUGGGGGCAGAACCAGCCCAGGCUCUGGCGUCAGGGCACCCAGGUAUUACCAGGAGGCCGAGGAGGACGAAUGGUGCUAGCAUGGCUUUAAACCAUCCUUUGUAAUGCAUUUUUGAGGAAGUGUGAUGAGUUUUAUCAUCUUAUUUGAAGGCUUUAGUUUACAUUGUCAAUGUGUGUGUUUAAUGCCGUAUUUUAAUCCUAACGUGGAAAGCAAAGCAUAGGGAGAGCUUCUAAACAGGGAGAAAGCUAGAAGUGGGUAGGAUUUGAAUGUGAACAUAAAAAGUGUCAUCUUCACCAAAGGGCACGUAGCAUUAUCAAACAGAAGACUAGACUUUUUGCCAAUAUCAGUUGUCUUGCAGAAGCUGCCCUUGAUUUGCUUUGACUUCAGUGUUUUGUUGAUACCACCAUAUUGACCCUCAAACAGCAUUACAUUAUGAACACAGACGAGACUAUACAUUAAGAUGAAAAUAUCUCCUGACGUUGGAAGAAAAGGGAAGAUCCAAAGAAAAGAGAAACUACCAGAUUUGCUGUGUGUCAUUCAUAACUCCAGUCUGUAUUCCAGGGAAACCAUUCAUGUAAAGACAAGUGCUGAUGUAUUUGCUGUUUUUCUUCAGGGUGAUUUGCUUCUGAUUAGUAAGUAAAUGAGGCUCUAGCACUGUGCACGCUGCUUUGCUCUAAACAUUCUUGUGUUGACUUCGGGCCAAAUUGACCUGUUUUCAAUUUUUGUUUUAUAACAUAAAAUAUGGGACGUAGAAAU